UUUUCAUAGAGCCAUGUGAUUCUUCUUUUCCUUUGACGAAAAUGCCAUUACCUUUCUUACAUUAUCCCCACUCCACCCCGUCUCCUCCCAGCGUAGCCGCUCUCUUUGCUUCCAGCCACCUCCACAGCUAAGCUCUCAAGAAACUCCACUCUCCCUUUUUAUAUUUUCCAUUUAAACUUUCACACCCGGAUUCUUUUUUCCUGCCUUUUUGGACCUAUUUCUCUCUGUUUCUGGCCGCGACAUUGAGAGCAAGGAGGUGAAAGGGAAGAGGAGCAAAAUGGGAAUGGGAACUAGCAUCUUUAUCAUCAGAUGGAUCAAUUUUCUCACCAUGCUUCUAGCUAUUCUUGUCGUAAUAUUUGGGAUAUGGAUGGGCACGCACCAUGACGGCUGUCGAAAGUCUCUUACUCUUCCUGUUAUGGGACUUGGUGGAUUCAUCUUUGUGGUGUCUAUAGUUGGUUUUUUCGGUGCUCUUAAGAACAAUUCCAUAUUGCUGUGGAUUUAUUUGAUCAUGCUGUGCAUUACGUUGGUGGGGAUUCUGGUGUUUACGGUGCUGGCGUUUAUUGUUACAAACAAUGGUUCAGGGCAUUCUGUUGCUGGCUUGAGGUAUAAGGAGUAUCAACUACAAGAUUACAGUACAUGGUUUCUAAAACAGCUUAAUGAUACCGACAAUUGGAUGCGUUUGAAAAGCUGUCUCGUCAAAUCUGAGGACUGCAAUAUUCUUUCAAAAAAAUACAAGACUCUCAAGCAGUAUAAGUUGGCAAAGCUGACGCCAAUUGAAGCAGGUUGUUGCAGACCCCCAUCCGAGUGUGGUUAUCCUGCUGUUAAUGCAUCAUUUUAUGACUUGAGUUUUCAUCCUGUCAAUUCAAACCAUGACUGCAAACUAUACAAGAAUUCGAAGGCAGUCAAGUGUUACGAUUGCGAUUCGUGCAAGGCCGGAGUCGCACAGUACAUGAAAACAGAAUGGCGUUUGGUUGCGAUCUUCAAUGUCGUUCUAUUUGUUAUCUUGCUGAUCAUCUACUUAGUUGGAUGCUGCGCGAGACGAAAAGCUGCAAGUAAUCGGUCUAAAGGAUAGCGUGACACGGGUUGUGCUCGGCUGACUGCUUAAACAUCAAAACGAAGCGUAAUUCUCUUGCAACAUGUAAGUGACCCCUUUUGGAAGUAAAAUUUGUUAGCAAAAGAGUGCAGUUUGCCUUUCGUUGUCGCUGUCUUGGUCGUGUCAUAUUUGCAGCCAUAUGUUUAUAUGUAAAAGGUUCGUUCUUUAACUAGUAGAGUUAGUAAUAUUCAUUCUGGUAUCGAACUGUAUUUCGACCAUAAACCAUUAUUUUCCUUGCACAUAUUCA